AAUGAAGGUCAUAACAAAACAUAGUAUCCUGGAGCUCACGAGUCCUAUCUGCAUUAAUGUUAAAAAGGCACAAGCAGAGACGAUGAAGCAUUGGACAAAUAGGAGGGCAUUCAAUGAAAAAACCUUCUAUGGUGAAAAAAAAUUUGAUACAUCAUACAUUUUUCGAAAUAGGAGUGUAAAGUUCGGUUCAGCCUUCAUUCACUUGUAUUGAAACAAGUUUAAAACUCGAAUAAAAGCAGGCCAAACAGAGUAAUCUGGUUAGGGAACAUACCAUACUAGAAAGGGAAUAAGCAGUUCACGCAAACUUAAGAAACAGAAGAUACGAGAGAGAUGCUAUUUUUUAAGGGGGAAAAAACGUAGUUUGGUCUCUGGAAUUUUAACCAUUUUGAAGGAGUUGAAUAAUUCCGAACUUCUAUUCAAGAGACAGAGCUUGCUAGAUGGGAUGGCACGUGCCUCUUAAGCGUCAAAUUAGAAGGUUCUUGCAUGAUUUGUUGGUUUGAAUUUUGCUGAAGUGUGUUCAUAAGCGAGUAGAACAAUCAAAUACGAAAGGUGGAGCAAAGGUUCAGGACAUGAUCUUGAAGGAGAGGUUAGAGAAGGAGAAGAACAGGUGAAUCAGAACACGGCUGCAUUUUUGUCGUCUUCAUUUUCAGCAUCAUCAGAUUUUUCGUGUCCACACGGAUGAGGAUGUGUUAGAAUGAAGCCUGGACCUGAUUGCCACAUUCCUGCUGCUUCUUGCUUACUCAGGUUUUUGCCGUUUCAGACCGAAAUAGUGACGCUAUUUAGAAGAACACUGCCUUAAGACAGACAAGAGAUACAAACUUGUGUAAUUUGUUGAACAAGGUGAAGAAGCAUGCCACCUAACCUCAUUUGCUGUCUGGAAGUUGGAAAAGAGUGCAAGAAUUGAGGAGAGUUAAGUGACGAGGGCCCCAAUAGCCUCCCCGCCUAUCCCAUCUGAAUGUGACUCUCCGAUCAUCUAUUCCACUAAUACAUACAUCGUCACCAACCUGACGAGUCAAAAGGAGACUUCGUUCUUUGGUUGAGGGGAAAGGAGAGGAGGGGAAAAAAAGUUUUAAAAAUUUUCCCCUCCCCUCCCUUUUACUGGACAAAGGGAGGGGAGGCCUUCCUUCCCCUUAUUCCCUCCCCUCACCUCCUUUUUCCUCCAUUCUCUCCUCUUAAAUUAAAUUGGGUCUAAAUAUUCGGUAUAUAUGACUCGUAGCUCUCCAUUUUGUUUUAACAAAAUUAGGUUUAAAAGAGCGAGUAAAGAAAACUUGCAAGGUCAGGUGAUAACAUGCUUAGAAAACUCAAUUAUUUGCCAACCGUGCUGGACCUUCUUUGUGGACUUGGAUCCUGAAUUUGUCUCAAUUUGAUACGAAUAAAUUUGCUCCAAGUCCUUAGAUUUUUUUUGUGAACUAUUUUCUCAGAGGCACAAGACAUCAAUCUCUUUAAUCAAUUCACGUUAAGCCGAGCGCGCCUCAUCAUAUGGCUCUCGACACAUUAUCCUGUAGGAUGAAUAGUUCCGGCUCAUAUGAAUAGUGCCGGCUCAUCUUUGGCUUUAAACUUCUUGAUGCUUUUUGAUAUGUUCGUGCUUCAUCAUCACAGUGCUUUAAGACGUGUCUUACCCAUACCAGGGAUUUAUUGCAACCACCUAUUGAGUGACCUUCAUCCAUCAGACACUUGCUGGGAGAUCCGUGUUCAAGUGAACCGUGCUUUUCUGAAAACAGAGCUCGAUAUCUAUGGAGCAGAGCGUGGUUGGCCAAAGAAGUUACUUUCACUUGACUUUAUCUUUGUUGAUAAUCAUAGUGAAAGGAUGCUUGCUUCAGUAGUUGGGGACCAUCUCAUCCAACGUUUCUUUGGAAGCAUUGAUGAGGGAAAGUGCUACUAUAUCAAGGGCUUUACUGUUCAACUUGGGGGUGAAGGAUUGAACAACCACUACAAGAUUAUCUAUGGAGCUCAGACUGAAGCAGAGGAGUGGGACGUCUUGAUGGUUGAGCAUGGUUUCUGAAAAUCUUCUUAUUGGUUCUAAUAUACAGGGAUUAAAGCCAUAAGGAACUUUUCUCCAACUACUCGUGUCUUUUGGAGUCCUGAAUCUGUUAAAGCUGGUCAGAAGAUUGCUGCCCUUGUCCAAGCUUACUCUCCUGAAUGAACUCCAUGAUGAUCGGCCUCUUUUGUGUUUAUUUUUGUUUUUAGGCCCAUGAUAUGUGAAUUAAAAGAACCGGUUAUCUUCUUUAGGACUUAUGUUGUCCUACUUCAAUAGUCAACUAAUAUUUUCUCAUCUUUUAUUUUCUGGCUCCACUUUUGUAAUUAUCCAUGCUGUUUCUUUUAUAUUAUGUGGACGAUUCCGGUUCUCUUGUGGUGGGAAUAUUUAGUGUUGAUAUGAACAAGUUGUGGCAGUGUUUCACUUUUCUCUU